CUGGGAGCGUGACGUGUGCCCGGCGGAGUUGGCGCCAAUGUGUUCUGUGACUGGAAGAGAGACAAAGAGCAACCGGUUGCGUUUUACAUUUCAACAUCUUUUUUUUUUUUACCCGCAGUUAGGGCUCAGCUAUGGCGGAUAAAGAAGCAGCGUUUGACGAUGCGGUGGAGGAGCGUGUUAUUAAUGAGGAGUACAAGAUAUGGAAGAAGAACACCCCUUUCCUGUAUGACCUGGUGAUGACACACGCUCUGGAGUGGCCCAGUCUUACGGCACAGUGGUUACCAGAUGUCACCAGGCCUGAAGGGAAGGACUUCAGCAUUCACAGGCUGGUGCUCGGCACUCACACGUCUGAUGAACAAAACCACCUUGUCAUCGCCAGCGUUCAGCUGCCCAACGAUGAUGCCCAGUUUGACGCUUCUCAUUAUGACAGCGAGAAAGGAGAGUUUGGCGGAUUUGGAUCAGUCAGCGGGAAGAUUGAAAUAGAAAUCAAAAUCAACCACGAGGGGGAAGUGAACCGGGCCCGCUACAUGCCACAGAACCCGUGCAUCAUCGCUACGAAAACCCCAACCAGUGAUGUGCUGGUGUUCGACUACACAAAGCACCCCUCAAAACCAGAUCCCUCGGGCGAAUGCAACCCCGAUCUGCGUUUACGAGGGCAUCAGAAAGAAGGGUACGGUCUGUCCUGGAACCCCAACCUCAGCGGCUACCUGCUGAGCGCGUCGGACGAUCAUACGAUCUGUCUGUGGGAUAUCAGCGCUGUCCCGAAGGAGGGGAAGGUGGUGGACGCUAAGACAAUCUUCACCGGGCACACAGCGGUGGUGGAGGACGUGUCGUGGCAUCUGCUGCACGAGUCUCUCUUUGGAUCAGUCGCUGAUGAUCAAAAACUCAUGAUCUGGGACACCAGGUCUAACAAUACAUCAAAACCAAGCCAUGCUGUCGAUGCCCACACUGCCGAAGUGAACUGCCUGUCCUUCAACCCCUACAGUGAAUUUAUCCUGGCAACAGGCUCUGCCGACAAGACUGUUGCACUUUGGGAUUUGCGUAACUUGAAACUGAAGUUACACUCGUUUGAGUCUCACAAAGAUGAAAUCUUCCAGGUUCAGUGGUCUCCUCAUAAUGAAACUAUUCUGGCAUCCAGUGGAACUGACAGGCGGCUCAAUGUCUGGGAUUUGAGUAAAAUCGGCGAGGAACAAUCCCCUGAAGAUGCAGAGGAUGGACCCCCAGAGUUGCUGUUUAUCCACGGCGGACACACGGCCAAGAUUUCUGAUUUCUCAUGGAACCCCAAUGAACCGUGGGUGAUAUGCUCUGUAUCAGAGGACAACAUCAUGCAAGUCUGGCAAAUGGCUGAGAACAUUUACAAUGACGAAGACCCUGAAGGAGCUGCAGAUGCAGAAGUGCAAGGCUGAUGAACCACAAAUCCAUUGUGUCUCUGUCUGUCUUUCUCUGCUCUUUCUCUUCUCUCUUACCCAUUAAGCUUUCCUACUCCUUUUUGUCUGUAUCUUCUAGACACAAAGCACAGAGUUAGCGGUUGCAUUUGGCACAUAAAGGGCUGGUUUCGUGGACCCCGAUCAGCAUGACUCUUGGCCAGCCUAAUGUUAUUUUAGGUAAGGUGCUUAUUGGUGUCUGUGAAACCAGGCGAUUUUUAGUUUUUUCAAAAACAGAUUUUUCAGAAACCAAACCGUGCCGUAAAUGAAGGUAGUACCAAGAUGGACGAUUUAUUGGCAAAAUCUUAUACAAAAAACACUGCCGUUAUGGAGUGGGUGCCUGUAUUGUAUUAACUGUGCAAUUUCUUAACAGUUACAUAAACAAUCGCCCCAACACAAGGGGUGUACAAAAAUCUAUUUAAGUAGGGCAACAUUUUCUACUUCUCCAAAUGAAUCACUUUAGUUCUAAGUGGGGGAGGAGUUGAUGCAGUGAUGUUCAUUUAGCAUUACCUGACAGGUGACUGACUUGCGAUGCCCCAAUCCAGAGGUACCUAUACUUUCUUUAAAGCCAUAUGUGCCCCACAAGUAACCCUUAUUGGAACACCCUUCAGGUGGGCCAUUUGUAAAACUGGAGCAGUUAAGGCUGUAUUCUAUCUUUUUAAAGUGUCGUAUACAGCCAGUGGUGGAAUACCCAGUUCGACACUCUGUCUGAUAAAGAAGUAAUUCCUGAUGUUUAUUGGAUCAAUUUUUUCAGUGGCAUGUUUUGUAAACUAACCAACGAGAAGAUGGUGCUUUUUUUUUUUUUUUUUAAAUAAAGAAAAAAGCAAGCUUUGCACCGAUCUAUGUCUUGUAUAGAUGUAAAGCAUUUUCUAUUGCUUUUUGCUUAUGUUGAGAGAAUAGAACUGUAAAGAGGCAUGUUUUCAGGAGAGUGAAAUCACCAGCCUUUAUAGCUACCUUGUAGGGAAUGGUGUUUGAGUGGGUUCGGAUGUGCUCAUUCUGCUAUAUCCAUCUCCCCAAUCACCUUGUUUUUAAAGAACUGUUUUAAGUUCUUGCAUUACUGGUUAAGAGGUUUACCAGUCAAACUAAGUUGUAUUUCUCAGUUUUAAGAAGAAAAAAAAAAAAAAUUUGAAGAGAAGUUGAACAGGAGAUUCUGAAUUUUCAAGCCUUUAACCGCUCGCAAUUUUACUUUUGAACCUAGCGCAUCCGAAGCCAGAUAAUUAUUUUCAAUUUGUAAAUCCUACUUUACAGUUGCUAUUUAUCUCGUCGCAGACCUUGUAUAAUUGGACUGUCCCAUUCCAAAUACCAUGUUUAUUAGCUUUGUGUCUUGGUGGAUCAAGCCUUCCUGCAGCUGCUCCUGUUGGUAUUGUCUCUUGAAUUGUCAGUUUUUUAUAUUUUAAUAAUAAAUAUUGUGAUCUUUUUUUA